AUGAUCACCGCCAAGGAGCCCGCAGCCCAGACCAAGAUCAUCAAAGAGGGUUGCGUCUUCCCUCCAGCCAGCGUCCACCACAACUCGGAAGACGAUUACUUCGGAGUUAUGGGGGACUGCGGUGAAGACGAGGAUUUGGCCGAAGAUUCCGACGAUGGGUUCAUGGCUGACGACGAAUACGACAGCCCCAAUUACGUCAUCAUCGACGCCUCGGAUGAGGAGUACUUCUCUGAGCAGCAACAUAUACUGACUGACGAGGAAUACGACAUGCUCGACGCCUCGAAUAUGGAAUACUUGGCUGAGCAUAAACGCAUACUGGCCAAGAAGUGA